CUAUCCAGCAUCAUCCCUUAUAAGCAAGCAUAGCACAGCAGCAAGAAUUUAGGUAAACUAAGAAAAUAAAAAUGGAGCAGCAGCAGCAAAAAAACCCACUACUCCAAUUCCAGGUGAAGUUUAAGGAGAUAGAGAAUGGUUUCAAACUAUGGUUAUCCAAACAGUCCUUACCUGUGGAAGCCGCCGUCGUCUCCGCCACCGCCUCUAUUCAGGGCGCCGCUAUUGGCGGCAUCAUGGGAACCCUAACUCCUGACAUCGCCUCUUCUAUUCCCACUCCUCCUCCUGACGCCGCCUUAAACCCUCAGGCCAUGGCUUCUUUCAAGCAAGCUCAGGCUCUGUCUGGAGGUCCCUUCGUACAAGCUCGUAAUUUCGCUGUUAUGACUGGUGUUAAUGCUGGUAUAUCCUGUGUUAUGAAAAGAAUUAGAGGCAAGGAAGACGUCCAAUCCAGCAUGGCAGCAGCUUUUGGUUCUGGAGCCAUGUUUUCGUUGGUGAGUGGAAUGGGUGGACCAAAUCAGGCUGCAAAUGCAGUUACUUCUGGACUAUUUUUUGCACUAGUUCAAGGUGGGAUUUUCCAGCUAGGGCAAAAAUUCUCUCAACCACCUGUUGCAGAUACGUUUUACGACAAAACAAGAACCUUGCUAACCAGUCUCGGUCUACAAAAUUAUGAGAAGAAUUUCAGGAAAGGAUUGUUAACGGAUACUACUUUGCCAUUGCUGACUGAUAGUGCUCUAAAAGAUGUCAGAAUCCCUCCCGGACCAAGACUCAUUAUUCUUGAUCAUAUCCAAAGGGAUCCGGAACUGAGAGAAAGGCGAGGAAUCCGUCGUUGAGCGUGUGUAUUCACAAAAACAAGUUAGUUGCUGGAGAGAAGUUUAAUUCGGUAUAAUAGAGAUGUAAUCAUGAUUGAUCGUUCAUCUUCCUUCCGAACUCCAAUUGUGAAUUGCAACGAAGUGCAUUCUAUAAGAUGGUAUUUUUAUAUAAUUGAGUAAUUGAGCCAAGUAUUUUGCUUUCA